AUGGAACUUGUACAAGUAAUUGCAAAAAGUUCUAUUCGAAAAAGUUUAUUCACACGAAUCGAGGGACGCGGCACGGUAAGAUUGCGGCGCGAGCGCUACAACCGUGAACCGGUGCGCCAGUCUGCCGCUAAACUUCGCCGCGCGCGCACUGUGCUAGUGAAGGAGUGCAGUGUUUGUGUUCAUGUUAUGGAGGAGAUCCGCAUAUCGGACUGGCCCGAGCCACCUGGCUCCCAUGCAUGGCUGCCUGCUUACGGCUUCCAGCAUGAAAUAAUGGAAAAAGAGGACUAUUUCGGCUCCAAUGGUGAGUUCUGCUCACUCGACCAGACGAUGCCGUUGGAAAGCGUU